UCAACUGCUUCACUUCCAUAGUUCAGACAACAUUAGGAUAAAGAGCUGUAUGUAUAAGAAUUAGAAUCCUUUCUCAUUUCCCAAACCUAUAUCAGUAUUUUGAUAUAUAUGUUUAAUAAAAUAACCUAAUAUUGACACUAAACUGCUUUAUUUCCAAGGUUCGGCCAACAUUAGGAUAAAGAGCUGUGGAUAAGGUUGCCACAGUAACUUUUGAGUGUUUAUUUGAUCAAUUAUUUCUUAUUAAACCUGCUAUGAAUAAGAACGCUUUCUCAGUUCUCAAACUUGCAUACAGGCUACAUCAGUGUCUGGAUAUAUAUGUUAAAAUAAAGUAACCUAGUACUGACCUAGUUCAACAUCAGCUGCUUUACAUCCGAGGUUCGGACAACAUUAGGAUUAAGAGCUGUGUGGAUAAGGUUGCCACAGUAACUUUUGGUCUACUUUUGACACACCCAGAUACAAGCCAGACUCUUGUAUUUCUCAACUGUUAAUGUGAAAUCCACUGCUAGCCCUUCAGACAUACUUGAGUGGUUUUAGCGCUUAUUCCACAUCAGAAUCAAAGGAAAAGUGUCAUUUUUUUUGGACAGUCACUCCCAAGUGCUGUGGUGCUUCACGUUCACAGAAUAAAGAUGUCGCCAUUGGUGCUGGGAGUCGGAGUGUGCUUAGCUGGGUGGAUUGCUCUUUAUGCUUUGCUGUGCUACACAAAUGGCUCUUGCGGCUAUGAAUGGAACUGUCGGCUAGUUACACUAUUCCAUGGCAUCCUUGCAGUCUGUAUAACUGCUUACAUUGGAUACAUAGAUGGACCGUGGCCUUUCACCUACCCAGGUACAAAGAACACCCCUCUGCAGAUCACAGCCAUGGUGGUCAGUCUGGGCUACUUUAUGUUUGACAUGGCCUGGUGUGUGUACUUCCGCACAGAGGGCCUGGUGAUGCUUGCCCACCACACCAUGAGCAUCCUGGGUAUUCUGCUCACUCUGUGGCUGGGGGAGUCGGGCAUCGAGUCUUGCGCCGUGCUGUUUGGCAGCGAGAUCACAAACCCCCUCCUUCAGACGCGCUGGUUUUUGAAACACUCCGGCCGCUAUGACAGCUUCCUCGGAGAUGUGGUGGACGUUCUAUUCGUGCUGUUGUUUGUGUUCAUGCGCAUUUUUGUCGGCGGCACCAUGUUGUACUGUGAGCUGAUCUCUCCGAGACCCAAGUUUAUCAUGAAAGGUGGCGGCGUGGCCAUGUACGCGCUGUCCUGGGUGUUCAUGGUUGACAUCGGCCGCUUCGCAUACCGCAAAUCCCAGCUCAAAUACCAGCGCUGGUUGAAUCGUCACAGGAUGGCAGAGGUCAACGGGCAGGAUGUGAAGAGAGACUGAAAGAUCUCUCAGAUCAGCGGUUUGGCCUCUCGUUUCGAACACCGGAGAGAAGAAUGAGAAUCAGAACAAGUGUACCAGCUAAUAAAGCUCUGCAGCUAAUAGAUGUUUACAUAUUUUUUAAAAAGAUAUCAGCCAUUAAAGUUGAUUUCUGGUUGGUAAUAUACACAUGGGAAAACAUCCAUGCUGUAUCAGAGCCCUUAAACAGUCUUAAUGGUUUUUUAUUUUUUGCCAUUAUGAUUAACUCAAAAUUCUUACAAUCAAAUCUAAUUUGAUAUAUUUGUACUCCCGAAAGAAUGAAGUGUUUAAACUCUUUUAAGUACUGGAAAUAUUUGAUAUUUUUGUAAUUAGGAACACUACUUGUUAUAAAUUUUAAUUAAAAAGUAAAUCUCUUCUUUGAAAUGUAACCAUUUUUAAAUUGAGACUGAGUGAUGACUUCCAGGCUGUUUGCAUCAGUUAUUGAUCUGUUAUGGUGAUUUGACCACACCAAUUGAUAAAUCAAUAAACAUCAUCAUCAUCAUUACAAUAAUGUAUUUUAGGAUGUUGUAAUGUUGCAAUUGAUCAAGGAAAAAUGUAUUAAAGUUUAUUCAAAGUCAUUGUGAAUUGAAUACACCUCUUCUGAUUAACGUGAUCAAAUUCUGAAUUACAAAUCAUUAAGAUAUUGGGGUUUAAUAACCGAAAUCGAGGUCUAGGUGGUUUAACGGUUAAGCGAUUGUAAAAAAACAAAAGUGCUAUUAAAAGGUUACAAUUGGUGAUUU